UCGAAGACUUGAAAAACCGGAUUCCGGGAACGGGAGCAGAUAAGAGAGAAGGCAGCUGUCUAAGGUCAGGUGCCAACUCGUGAGCUUAGGGUCUGGUGCCGCGAUGGGAGCGGUGUUUGGUGCGUGUGGCUCUUGCUGUGCCGCGUGUGUGGGGUCAGCCGUGUCUACCUGUCUGAUCAAGGCACUGGUGAGCCUAUACAAGCCAACAGCCAACAGAUCUCCCUCUGUGUGCUGAUGUCUUCCCUGUGUGUGUGUGUGUGUCACAGGGGAGCGGUUCAACGAGGAGCAAGAAUGUGGCCAAGGUGCUGUACUUCGUCCUCAUGGUGUUCACAGCCGUGUUGGCUGUCGUGGCGCGGUACUGGGUGCCUGACGCACGAGAGUCGCUCAAGAGCUGGCCGGGCAUACAAAUAAGUAGGCGUGUCUGCACACACAUACACACACACACACACACACACACACAGAGAGAGAGAGAGAGAGAGAUGGAGCGCUGUUGUGUGUGUGUGUGUGUGUGUGUGUGUAUGUGUGUGUGCAGCCCGUGAUUGUGACGAGGCUUGUUUUCGGAACCACGCUGCCUACAGGGUUGCUUUCUCGGCGUCAUGCCUGUUCGUGAUCAUGUUCCUCACCUCACUCAUCGGAGGCACCUUCGCGACCAAAUCACACAGUAAGCACACGGACAGACAGACAGACAGACAGACAAGACAGACAGGCACCAGCGGAUGCCAUUAUGUGUCGCGUGUCGUUUUGCAGGGUCGAUGUUUGUGCUCAAGUUUGUGUUCAUCCCGUUGAUGUCUUUCGCCAUGCUGUGGGUGCCAAACUACUUUUUCGUGAGCCAAAGGAACCAACAAACCAACCAGCGACCAAACAAACAGCCAUUCUCGAUGCUGUUGCUUGUGUUUGUCUGUCGCAGGAAGGGUACGCGUGGCUGUCGCUGUUCGUCGCUCUUCUCUUCAUCAUCGCUCAGGUACACACAGACAGACAGACCACUGAAGGUGUGGUGCUUCAUGUUUGUGUGUGUGUGUGUGUGCGCCAUUCAGUGGAUGGCUCUGAUUGACUUUGCCUACUCGUGGAACGAGUCAUGGGUGUCCAAGGCAGAGGAGGACGACAACCGCAACUGGCUCAUUGGUACGCACACACACACACACACACAGCCAUACACAGCCAGCGAUCUGUCCGACCGUUUCUUUCUUCGUUUUUGGUGCUUUCUUUCCGCUGUUCAUUCAGCCGUUGUCGUGUGUUCGGUCAUCUUGCUUGUGGGGUCAUGGACAGGGGUGAGACACGGCACACCUGCACACACACACGUGUUGCUUGCCUCCCACACACACAUUGUGCUUCGCUUCCUGCGUCCAUCAGACGAUCGUCAUGUACGUGCACUACAACGACCCCCUGAGCCACGGGCUGCUGUCCCUGUCGCUCAUCGGCGGCAUCGCCCUGCUGGUGCUCUCCAUCACCGACUUCUGCGGACACGGAGCUAUGCUGACGAGUUCGGUUGUUGUGGCCAACGUGACCUUCAUGACGUGGUUCGCCCUCAUGAGCUCCCCCAUCCACAGGCAAGAGGCCGACUCGGUGGCGAAGCUCUUUUUCGGUCUGAUCAUCGCAGCGAUUGCCCUGGGAUGGACGAGGUGAGCCUGCCAUAGGCAACGAGGGAUGCCCCGCAGCCAAUGUGUGUGACUUUGCCUACCUGCGCGUCUGUCUGUCUGUCUGUGUCAGUUCGUCGCUCGCCAACAGCCCUGAUAUUUUCCAUGUCGAGAAGAGGGAGGCCGUCGAGCAUGAGCGAGUGUCAGCCGUCGCCACACAACCAAAACCGGUUGGUAACCAGCAGCCGAAAACGCGGGAAACCAAUGCAUGAUGUCUCUGUGUGAUCCAUGUGCAGGGUGAGGCGACUUCAGCGAUGGAAGAGGGGGAGACGGCCGCCGGCAAUGCGUCGUCUUCAUCGGAUGACGCGCCGCCCGACACGUACCGGGACGAGCAGGCGUCUCCUGCGGAUGUGCUGGGGAUCAGGUGGUUCCACUUCAUGAUGCUGACAGCGACGUUCUACCUGUGCAUGGUGGGCAGCAACUGGAUGUCCACCGACACUCGGUACGGUCAGCCACACACACACACACACACACACAGAGGGAGGGAGAGACACACGGGGCGAGGGAAAUGACGCUCUCUCUGUGUCGCUCUUUCUGUGUCCAUUCAUUGGUUGGGUGCAGUGAGAUCAACACUGGGUGGACCCAGUUCUGGGUGCAGAUGGCUGGCGUCUGGCUGGUCCUCCUGAUGUACCUGUGGACCCUCGUGGCGCCCAAACUGCUGCCCGGCAGAGAGUUCUGACACAUUUCUCUGUCUGUGGGUGCGGUGUCUUUUUCAUCAAGUGCGGCUGUGAGUGAGUUAAGUGUCUUUGUUCAUUAGUGUGUGUGUGUGUGCGUAUGUGUGCGUAUGGG